AUGCAUAACAUCGACACGGGUAGGGUGCCGUCAGACGCCCUGCCUCCAGUGGCAACAGGCGUCCUCGACGACAAAAAGGAUGCGGUACAUUCAACUUCAAGCAAGGACGAUGCGCCUACUCCCGAAACCAAGAUAAAGCCCGAACGGGAACCUACUUUCAAGGACUACCUGCGCGUGUUCACGUACGCCACAAAAUGGGACAUUUUCGCCUACUUUGCGGCUGGCAUCGCCUCCAUCGCCGCCGGUACCACGUUGCCAUUGAUGAACAUCAUCUUCGGCCAACUCGUCAACCAGUUCAACGGGUUCACUUCAGGAGACGGCUCAGUAUCUCCAGACGAUUUCAAGAGGAUUGCCGACAAACAGGCCCUUUACCUCUUCAUCCUCUUUCUGGCUCGCUUCGCCCUCAACUAUGUCAACAAGUUCGCGUUUAGGAUGAUUGGCAUUCGGCUGUCUUCUGCAAUCCGUUUGCACUAUCUCCAACGCCUUUUCGGCCAGACUAUCCACGUACUCGAUUCGAUGCCAGCUGGAGCCGCUGCCGGCACCAUCACAUCGACCGCGAAUACGCUCCAGAUUGGUAUCUCGGAAAAGCUCGGCGUCUUCCUCGAGUUCAAUGGCACAAUUUGGACUGCCAUCAUUGUGGCUUUCACUUACAAUUGGUCCUUGACGCUUGUGACGGCGUCGGUGAUUCUCUUCAUCCUCCUGGUCUUGGGUGUUCUGUUGCCUUUUAUCAUCAAGGGUCACAGUCAAGUGACCCGGGCGGAAGGCAAAGCUUCUGCUGUUGCUAGCGAGGCGUUCUCAAGCAUUCGUAUGGUUGCCGCCUGUGGUGCUGAAGACCGCAUCGCUGCUCGGUAUGCUCGCUGGGUCAACGUUGCUCGUCAGAGGGGCCAAGCUACGGCGCCUUUGAUGGCUCUCCAGUUCGGCAUGAUUUUCUUCGCUCUCUUCGGUACUUUCGGACUGGCAUUCUGGUACGGCACACACUCUUGGGUUGACGGGAGAGUUGACAAUGUCGGCGAAGUCAUCAUUGUCCUCAUGUCAGUCAUGCUUACUGUCAUGUCCCUCGAGCGUAUCAGCACACCUUUGCUCGCCAUCAGCAAGGCAAUGGUCGCGGCAUGCGAGUUCUUGACUAUCAUUGACGCUCCUCGUCCAAAGACGGGGGAGCUGAAGGAGCCUGAAGUAUCCGCCAACCAGAACAUCGAAUUUAAGGGAGUCACCUUUGCGUAUCCCAGCCGGCCCCACGUCAAAGUUCUUGACGAUCUGGACCUGACUAUCGAGGCGGGCAAGGUCACGGCUAUUGUUGGCCCCUCAGGAUCCGGCAAGAGCACAAUCGUAGGCCUGAUUGAAAGAUGGUAUACCCUGCAAGACCAGUACAUCAUCGCCAAGACGAUCGAGAAGGACAAGGUGAAGGAAGCCCAGAAGAAAAAGAAGAAGAAAAGCAAGAACGGAGCGGAUGACUCUGACGAUGAGGAAAAGCCAGAGCCCGAGGAAACCGGACCCUCCGUAGAGCUUAAAGGCUCCGUUUCUACUUCUGGCCAUGCCCUCGACGACAUCGACCUCAAAUGGUGGCGAUCACAAAUUGGUCUCGUUCAACAAGAGCCUUUCCUUUUCAACGAUACGAUUUUCAAGAAUGUUGCCUACGGAUUGAUUGGCUCACAGUGGGAAGACGAAUCCGACGAUAAGAAGAGGGCUCUUGUCAAGGAAGCUUGCCAAGAAUCAUUCGCCGACGAAUUCAUCGAUCGCCUGCCAGACGGUUAUGACACUUUUGUCGGCGACAGUGGCGCAAAGCUUUCUGGCGGACAGCGUCAGCGCAUUGCCAUUGCCCGAAGCAUUGUCAGAAAGCCAAAGAUCGUGAUCCUGGACGAAGCCACCAGCGCCAUUGAUGUUCGCGGCGAGAGAAUCGUUCAAGCUGCUCUCGACAAGGUCUCCCAGAACCGCACGACAAUCACUAUUGCCCAUCGACUUUCUACCAUCAAGAAGGCCGAUCGAAUUAUUGUUCUGAAGAAGGGCAAGGUUGUUGAACAAGGCACCCACGAGAGCCUCCUAGAGGAUGAUGAGGGUGUUUACUACGGGCUGGUCCAUGCCCAGCAACUAUCCCUCGGAGACCAAACGGAAGCCAGCGAUGACGAUAACCCGAAGGAGGAAGACCUCGGCGAGUAUCUUGGCCGGGAGAAGAGCGCUGCAAUGUCCGAGGCCAGUGGUACACGCCAAAAGUCCGAGGCUGUGAAUCGCAACCUUUUCCAAAGUUUCGGUCGGUUGCUGUACGAGCAGCGGAGCCGUUGGUAUCUCUGCAUCCUCACCGUCGUCUUCGCGGCGUGUGCUGCGGCUGGAACCCCAUUGCAGGCAUACCUCUUUGCCAAAGUCAUCGUAGUGUUCAACCCCCUGAACUCACCCGACAAGAUCCGAAGCGACAGCAACUUCUGGUCUCUCAUGUGGGCGGUGCUUGCUAUCGGUAUUGGUCUGUCGUACUUUUUCAUGGGAUUUGUGGCAACACAUCUGGCGGCUAUUAUCUGCGCAGUCUACAGGCAGCAGUAUUUCGAGGCUAUUCUAUUCCAGAAGACCUCGUUCUACGAUGAAGAAGAGAACGCUCACGGCAGUCUUACAGCUCGUGUGGAUGGAGAUCCUAAGCAGUUGGAGGAGCUCCUGGGUCUCAAUAUGGCCAUGGUCUACACGGCAAUCUUCAACGUCAUUGGUGCCAUCUCUAUUGCGUUUGCUUUCGGUUGGAAACUGGCACUGGUCGCUCUCUGCGUCACGAUGCCUAUUGGUCUCAUAUCGGGAUACCUCCGCUUCAAGUACGAGAUCGAGUUCGACAAGAUGAACGCCGCAGUCUUUGCCGAGAGCUCCAAAUUCGCCGCCGAGUCCAUUGGGGCUUUCAGAACAGUCUCGGCCUUGACACUAGAGGACAUGACUUGCUUACGGUAUGAAAACCUGCUCAAGGGCCACGUCAGCCAUGCCUUCAAGAAAGCUCGGUGGACGAGUGCAGUAUUUGGUUUCUCAGACUCAGUUUCCAUGGCUUGUCAGGCUCUCAUCUUCUGGUACGGUAGUCGACUCCUGGCGUCCGGAGAGUACCAAGCUCAGGGUUUCUUCGUUUGCUUCAUGGCCGUGAUCCAAGGCGCGGAAGCCGCCGGACAGGGUCUCAGCUUCGGUCCCAAUGCAGCCCAGGUCACGGGCGCCUCGAACCGUAUCAUCAACAUGCGCGAGUCCCGGAACCAGGACCUCAUCCCCGCGACUGAGAGGAUUCCCGACACGGAGGGCGGUGUCCAGAUCGAGCUGCGCGACGUGCACUUCAAGUACCCGACCCGCGACGUGUCCGUCUUCAAGGGCCUCAACCUGACCAUUGAAAAGGGCCAGUUUGCCGCCCUCGUAGGCGCCUCCGGGUGCGGCAAGACGAGCAUCGUCUCCCUCAUGGAGCGCUUCUACGACGUGCAAAAGGGCGCCAUUCUCUGCAACGGCAAAAACAUCAACGACAUCAACGUCUACGAGUACCGCAAGCAGCUCUCCCUGGUCGCCCAGGAGGCCACGCUCUUCCAGGGCACCCUCCGGGAGAACAUCCUCUUGGGAGUUGAGGAUGGCACCGUGACGGACGAGCAGCUGCACCAGGUCUGCCGCGACGCCUCGAUCCACGAAUUCAUCGCGUCCCUGCCCGAGGGGUACAAUACCGACAUCGGCAGCAAGGGCGUCUCCCUGUCGGGUGGACAGAAGCAGCGCGUGGCGAUUGCGCGCGCCCUCAUCAGGAACCCCAAUAUUCUUCUGCUCGACGAGGCGACGAGUUCCCUCGACUCGGAGUCGGAGAAGCUGGUCCAGGCCGCCUUUGAGAGGGCAGGAAAGGGGCGGACCAUGGUUGUCGUCGCGCAUCGUCUCGCGACGGUGCAGAAUGCCGACGUCAUUUUUGUUCUGGGCGAAGGCAAGUUGUUGGAGAAGGGCAGCCAUAAUGAACUAUUGAAGAAGAAGGGUGUGUAUUGGCACAUGUGUCACAGCCAAGCACUCGACAGAUAG